AUGUCUGACGUCGAAGAACAACAAAUUGUCGAAGAAGUUGCUGUUGAGCAAACCGAGGGAGGUUCUAUCUCCAUCGAAGAUGCCUUGAAGGUCGUUUUGAGAACUUCAUUGGUUCACGAUGGUUUGGCCAGAGGUUUGAGAGAAGCCUCCAAGGCUUUGUCCAGAGGUGAGGCCCAAUUAUGUGUCUUGUGUGACUCUGUGACUGAAGAAUCCAUCAUCAAGUUGGUGGAGGCCCUCUGUAACGAGCCAGAAGAGAAGAUUCCUUUGAUCAAGGUUUCCGACGCCAAGUUGUUGGGUGAGUGGGCCGGUCUCUGUCAAUUGGACAGAGAGGGUAACGCCAGAAAGGUUGUUGGUGCUUCUUGUGUUGUUGUCAAGAACUGGGGUGCUGACUCUGAGGAGAGAAACAUCUUGUUGGAGCACUUCUCUCAGCAAUAA